CGAUGAAAAUUCUGUCAUCUAACUGUUAAAUAUUAACCAGCCGUUUCAACAUUUUCUCUUUUUUAUCAGCCAAAAGUAGGAGCAGUUCCACCACCAACAAUGGCCAGCUGCAGUAUGGAUCCAGGCCCUGAGAAGUUGUCUAACCUACAGGGUCAGGUGAAUGAUGUAAAGGGCAUCAUGUCACAGAACAUUGAAAAGGUUCUGGAAAGAGGAGAAAAACUGGAUGACCUGAUCAUUAAGACAGAUGAUCUCCAAGCAUCUGCUGACACUUUUCAGAAAACUUCCACAAAGAUUGCAAGGAAAAUGUGGUGGAAAAACACAAAAAUGAUCAUCAUCAUUGUGCCUUCUAGAUAUGUGACAGCAGGUUUCCCAAGUGCUAUAAUAAAGGCUGGCAUGCCAAGAGAUGGAAGAGCAAGGAGAAACAAACCGUAGCAAAGGAGGGAAAUAGCAAGCAAGGUUACAUUAUAACUGAAUCAAACUUUGUGUACAGAAAUAGGAAUUCAUCAAAAAUGUGUGCAAAUAGUUUCAUUGUUUCUAAUGUUUUCUUGAUGUAACCAAUGAAGACUAAGGGGAAUUAUAAACAGAGGAAGUACAGGAUAAUGAUCUAGAUAUACUUUACUUUAAACAGCUAGACUAUAAGUCAGCACCACUGCUUGUUUACUUAUGUUGUUUACCUGCCAUACCAUUAUUUCAGUGCAAUACUUGGGCACAGUUCAGAGUCAGACAUUGUCAAACUAGAUCCCAUCUGCACUCUCAGGUAAAUAUAAAUGAUCCAGUUACGCUAUUUGAAUGGAAUACCUAGAGACCGAGCAAGAUUUAUCUCUUAGUCUCAGACUAUUUCAUCAUUAAUCUUUUUGUGUUCUUGCUGUGUACAAAUUGGCUGCUAUGUUAUCUACCUGUCAAUGAUUUU